AUUCUAUAGCUGCACAAUCAAUCCCAAGGCCAAGAUAAUUGAAAAUUUUCGUACUACCAUUUUCCCCUUUCCCGGUAUCAUUAAUUGGAUACUCCAAAAGCCGUUGCGUAACGAUGGCUGUCAUUCCAUUAUAAAACCGUUGCAUUAUUCAUCAAUCUUGGCAUAGUUGUCCCUUUACCUUUAUUUGCUUUUGCAGACUCCACGCAACAACAUUCGAUUCCAACGCAACCAGCUCGCUCGCCUCAUCUUCUGCAAAAUAUAUUAGGCUUUAAAAUGGAAGGCAUCGUUGUUAGGAGAGUUAUCGCUUCUGAUAAUAGUUGCCUCUUCAAUGCAGUAGGUUAUGUCAUGGAUCACGACAGAAACAAGGCUUCCGAGCUGAGACAGGUUAUAGCAGCGACAGUUGCCAGUGAUCCAGAGAAGUAUUCCGAAGCAUUUCUUGGAAAGACUAAUGAAGAAUACUGUGAAUGGAUUUUAAACCCAGAAAAGUGGGGAGGUGCUAUUGAGCUUGCAAUAUUGGCUGAUUAUUAUGGACGAGAGAUAGCGGCUUAUGAUAUACAAACCACUAGAUGUGAUUUGUAUGGGCAAGGAAAGAACUUUGGGGAAAGAGCAAUGCUUAUAUACGAUGGCCUCCAUUAUGAUGCUCUAGCCAUGUCGCCCUCUGAAGGAGCUCCGGAGGAAUUUGAUCAGACAAUAUUCGCAGUGCAGAGUGACCGAAGUGUGGGUGCAGUUGAGAGACUCGCCCUUAAUCUUGUACAAGACCAGCAGAGGAAGAGGAGCUAUACAGAUACUGCAAACUUCACUCUGCGAUGUGGUGUGUGCCAAAUUGGAGUUGUGGGGCAGAAGGAGGCGGUCGAGCAUGCCCAAGCGACGGGACACGUCAACUUCCAGGAAUUCAAAUGAGGCCUUCAUUCUCUCGAAUUUGUUGUUGUAACACUUUGGGAAAAUCCCUAUCAAACAAAUAAAUGGUAUGGUAUGUUGUUAAUUCAUAUAGAAGAAACUCGUUUAAUGAUUUGCAUGAUGGUGUUACUGUUACCCCUACUACCAUACAAUUUGUUUAAUUACAGUAUAUCGGGUUCUGUUAA